UUGAGUUAUAAAGCUAUACAAACGGCACUUUCCAAGGUCUCUGAAUCAGGAGUCAUACAAGGAGAUUUGAGAGGAAAACACGGCCAUCAACCAACUGUCGAUCCACAAAUCAAACAGAGCGUUAUUGAUUUUAUAAAUUCUAUUCCAAAGAUUGAGUCUCACUACUUGAAAGCUCAAACGAAAAGACAGUAUAUUUCAAGUGAGAAAUCAUUGGCGGAUAUCUACAGAGAUUACAAACAACUUCGUGAAAAGGAUGGUUUAGCUAUUGCCACGUCUUCCACAUUCAUCAGGAUAUUCAACACUGAAUUCAACAUUUCUUUUUUCGUACCAAAAAAAGAUCAAUGCGAUCUGUGCGAAAUGUUUAAGAAUUCAGACUCAGAAGAAAAACGCAACUUAAGCUAG